GAUCUUUCCAAAUAGUUUGAGUACAAUGUUUCCGUUGAUUUGAUGGCAACAGAAUGAUAGAAUUAAAAGAAGUAUAGAUAUAAUUGUUAACAUGCCUAUCUAAAUAUGUCAGUGUUGUUGUUGUUCGGAAAAACAAAGUCAUCGUGGGACGACGCUAAGGUUACUGGAGUCUUGUCGUCAUCAUUCCUGCCAACAACAACAACAAACACCGGAUAUGCAAACUUUCUAAUAAAUACAACACAAUGUAACUAACUCAAUAUUCCAACCUUCUUCCAGAAAUGCAAUUGUCCAUGUUGAUAUCAGUAUUAACAUUCCAAUGAUUUGAUCUUUCAAAUCAAUCAAAUCAAAAUGCCUCUCGACGCCCGUUCUCCUGUGAUUCUACACUACCUUCAGAAUCUCUUUCUCAUUGCGAUUUGCGCAGCAUUUACUCCUUUCCUAACGUCAAUAGCUAUACUCUCUACCCUGAUAUCUCCUCUCAUCACUUCCAAACAAAUCCAACAUCCCCUCAAAUGGCGCACAGAUUCCUCUAAAUCCCCUCCCCGCACAAUCCUAGUAACAGGAGUAGGAAUGAGCAAAGGUCUCAGCAUUGCGCGCUCCUUCUAUCGUGCAGGCCACCGCGUCAUCGGCGCAGAUUUCGAACCCUACUAUAUCCCCGUUUCCGGGCAUUUCUCCAAAUCUCUCAGAAAAUUCUACCGUCUGCGGAAACCGAAUGGGAAAUCAGGAGCAGAGGAAUAUACCAGGGAUAUUGUGAAUAUUAUUGAGAAAGAAAGGGUGGAUUUAUGGGUAUCGUGCUCGGGCGUCGCGUCGGCGAUUGAAGAUGGAGAAGCGGCGGAAAUGGUGCAGCGGAAUACAAAAUGCGCGGUGGUGCAGUUUGGGGUGGGGUUGACGGAGAUGUUGCAUGAAAAAUUCGCAUUUAUUAAAUAUACGAUGGAGCUGGGCUUGAACGUACCGCUUACGUAUAGGAUUCAUUCGUGUGAAGAGGCUUUGGAAAUUUUGCAUCCGGAGAAUGGAGAAUCGGUGGAUAAAAAGUUUAUCAUGAAACCGGAAAUGGUCGAUGAUAGUGUGAGGGCUGAUAUGACUUUACUUCCCUCGCCGUCACGCACACAAACAGAUACACAUAUUCAAAAACUCAACCCCGCACUCAAAAGACCAUUCGUUCUUCAGCAAUACAUCAAAGGGAGAGAAUAUUGCACACAUAGUAUUGUUCUCAAAGGCAAGAUCCACGCAUUCGUCUCAUGUCGCUCUUCAGAUAUGUUAAUGCACUACCAAGCACUUCCGUCUUCAUCUGCUCUCGCCAAGGCCAUGUUUCACUACACAACUCUCUAUAUUCAGCGUGCUGCGGAAAGAACUCCCAAUUCUCCCAUCACCGGACAUUUCUCUCUAGAUUUUCUCAUAGAUGAGGAAAUCGCUCAGAAAGCAGAGGGUUCUCUUCAUCCUUCAUCUAAGGAAGUUGAAAAAUUGCAAAAAGAACUCUUUCCUAUUGAGUGCAAUCCCCGCGCUCACACAGCGGUAGUUUUGCUCAAUGACUCUGCGGAAGAAAUGGCAGAGGCUUAUUUAUCACUAUUAUCUGACUAUAACACAAAUGGAAACGGAGAUACAUAUCUACCUGCGCUUCAAAGAAACGAAGAUCCAAUAACUCCUCUUUCUCAAGCCGUCAAUGGGGGGUAUUACUGGAUUGGUCAUGAUUUCGUCACAAAAGUUCUUCUCCCAAUAUUUCACUUAAUCAGCUUCCAAAAAGGAAUCACGAAUCUAGUAAGAGAAUGGUGGGAAUUCGGUAAACAUGUUUUGUUGUGGAAAGAUGGCACGUACGAGAUUUGGGAUCCUUGGCCAGCGUGGUGUUUGUAUGUAUUGUUUUUGCCAGGGUGUUUCUGGGUGAGUAUUUGGGAGAGGAAAUGGUGGAGUAGGUGUAAUGUUAGUACGGGGAAGUUUUUUGGGGUUUGAGGAGGGGUGAGAUGGGGUUGUGAGGGUGUUGAAGGUCUCAGUGUGGAUGUGUGAGUUUUAGGGGAUUCUGCGCGGGGUGUCAACACUGUGUGUAGAUUGCAGUUCGUUAAUCAAAAGUUCUUAUUUCAAGAACUAAUCAGGAGAUUCGAUGACUCUGAACUUUAAAAUAAGUUACUGUUCACUUAUCAUACUACUGUUGAGAAAUCAAGAACCAGAAUCAAGAUUUCACAUCCACUCCUUGAAUCCGACGUACUAGAAAUCCUCAUCCUCACUCAAUUUCCAGACUUGAACGCCCCUGCAAAUGUGAAGAUAGGAAAUUAUUAGAACAUCUAGAUAUGAUCA